UAGGUGGGCACGCCGCCAAAAACGGACGGGCAAGUUAGCUCAUUAGCAGCAAAUGGGCUGGCUUGGCCGGUCCGCGGAGAUAUGAGUAGGUCGUUGUUCUUUGUGAGAGACUUGUUGUGGCUGAGCCGCGGUGUGAGUUCCUCUGCUGCUCGUUGUCAGGUGGUGACCAACCCAGGCGACAUCUCCAAACUCUACAGAGAGCUCAGCCUCUUCCCCUCUCUGAGCAGAGCCGACGUGGGACCUGUCAUCACCUCCCAAUACGGAGGCAAAUACAGCAACAUCUACACAGAAUGGAGCCAGCGUGACCUGGAGAGGAACGAGAAGGUCAAGUUCUGCCGUCAGUACAUUGUGUUCCAUGAUGACAAAUCAGUGGUUUACUCAGGACCUUCGGGAAACUGCACCGAGACCAAGGGAGAGUUGUUGAGUAAAGAUUCCCCAUCAGGAGAAAUGAAGGCUGUGGUCAGAGAGUGUUCAGUCAAAGGAGAGGAUAAACAGUUUCUGGAGGUCUGGAGUAAGAACAUUAAAGUGAAGAGCAUCAACUUGACUGCCUUAAAGAAGCAUGGCAAGGUCUACGAGGAUGAGCAGUUUGGUUGCCUAGUAUGGUCCCAUUCUGAGACCCAUCUUCUGUAUGUGGCUGAGAAGAAGAGGCCCAAGGCUGAGUCCUUUUUCCAGACGGAACUGCCAGAAUCAUCCUCUGUUGGGGAUGAGGAGGAGAAUAUGAAAGCAGAGAGGAAGGAGGCCACCAGGGGGGAGCAGUUUGUCUUCUAUGAGGACUGGGGAGAGACCCUGGUCAGUAAAAGUUUACCUGUGCUCUGUGUGUUAGACAUCGAGGGCAGCAACGUCUCUGUGCUUGAGGGAGUGCCUGAAAACAUCUCACCUGGACAGGCGUUCUGGGCUCCAGGUGACACUGGUGUGGUUUUUGUUGGCUGGUGGCAUGAGCCUUUCAGACUUGGUUUGACAUAUUGUCCGAACAGGAGGUCAUCCUUGUUCUAUGUUGAUCUUACUGGUGGGAAAUGUGAGCAGCUGUCUUCAGGCACUACUGCAGUGUGCUCCCCAAGGCUCAGCCCAGACAAGUGUAGGAUUGUGUACCUAGAGUGUGCUGUCUAUGGACCACACAUGCAGUGCAGCAGACUUUGUAUGUAUGACUGGUACACUAAGAAGACCUCAGUCGUGGUGGAUAUCGUGAACAGACCUAGAGAGGAUGGCUUUGCUGGUAUCUACAGCUCACAGUUGGCCCCUCAGUGUUGGUCUGCUGACAGCCAGCGAGUCCUCAUUGCCUGUCCUCAGCGCAGCCGUAAGGAUCUGCUAGUGGUGGAUAUAACCACAGGGAGCAUCACCUCUCUGACUUCCAAGUCUGACAUUGGUAACUGGUGUCUGCUGAACUUAGAGAGAGAUCUAAUGGUGGUCAGCUGCUCCUCUCCAAACUGCCCUCCCAGUUUGAGGGUUGGCUUCCUGCCAGCCAGCAGUUCCCUGGAGGAAGUGGCGUGGGUUACUCUGGAAGAGUCUCAGAGCCAGCCAGACAUCGACUGGCAGAUCCUGACCUUCACCCCUCCCCCAGACCAAGACAACAGCCAAUACUCUGGCCUGGAUUUUGAAGCCUUGCUGGUGAAGCCAAAGCAGGUGAAGGACGGAGUGAAACUGCCUCUCAUCGUCACCCCUCACGGUGGCCCUCACUCUGUGAUUGUGUCUGAAUGGCUUCUGUCCACCUCUGUGCUGUGUAGGAUGGGCUUUGCUGUUUUACUAGUGAACUACCGGGGCUCCAUUGGCUAUGGGCAGGACAGCAUCCUCUCCCUACCGGGCAACGUGGGCACCCAGGACGUCAAAGAUGUCCAAUUUGCUGUUGAGAGCGUCCUGAAAAGGGGGGAGUUUGAUGGGCGGAAGGUGGCAGUUUCCGGGGGCUCCCAUGGGGGUUUCCUGGCCUGUCAUCUGAUUGGCCAGUACCCAGGAUUCUACAAAGCCUGUGUGGCACGCAACCCUGUCAUCAACAUGGCCUCUAUGAUUGGCAGCACCGACAUCCCAGACUGGUGUAUGGUGGAGGCCGGCUAUGACUACAGCACCGACUGUCUGCCAGACCCUGCUGUUCUGGAGCAGAUGCUCAACAAGUCUCCUAUUAAGCAUGUCACACAGGUGAAGACUCCUGUGUUGCUCACGUUGGGCGAAGAUGACAAGCGUGUGCCCAACAAGCAGGGCGUUGAGUACUACAGAGCCCUGAAAGCGCUGCAGGUCCCAGUCCGGUUGCUUUGGUACCCGGGGAACAACCAUUCUCUCUCCAAGGUGGAUGCUGAAUCGGAUGGCUUUAUGAACAUCGCUCUCUGGGUGGUUAAGCAUCUGUGUCAGUGACGAUGUGCAGAUAAACCUAAAGAACUAAAGCUGGCGGUCUUCUGGGACGAGACCCCUUUAAGGGAUGGUGUGAGGUCCAAGCCAAAGCAUUUAGAGUACACUCCCCUGACGAGGAUCUUCCCAUAACUAACUGAUCUGUGGCUAGGCUGAUGUUUACAAUGACUCCCAAGUGUACGGAAAAUGCCAUAUUUAAUACAGGGCCUCAAAGUAAGCUGUUUGUCUCUUCUCAAAAUAACAUCUCUGUGACAUUUCCCACCUUUAUAUCUGCCUUUACCCAAAUAAACUGGGGCUUUUGAGUGCAAUGGUGUGGAUCUAGUCAGUCAUAUUUCCAUACCACCAAAAAUACGCGAAAUCAAGGUUUUCUUUUACGACUGUUGUGAUUGUUAGCCUUUCUCAAAAGAUCUCAAUACCACUUUAAAAGUGAGCUAUGUUAUUCACUGUACUUAAUAAAAAAGCGAUUGUAACAGGAAUGAGUCUUGAGAC